AUGGUGGGCGUGCCUGGUCGUUCCAAGGGCUGCAACACGUGCAUCCAGCGAAAGGUCAAGUGUGAUGGCGGCCAGCCCACGUGUGGCAACUGCCGCAAGUCGAAUCGGCUGUGCACCGGCUACAAGCGGCCGGUAGCCUUUGUCAUGUCGGCUGACGUGGCCCUGACCGAGCCUAUGGCCGCCGACGAGCCCGAGGGCAUGAGCGUGACCACGCAGGGUCGCUGGCGUCGACGGCCGCGCAAGCUGCCCGAAGCGCUGCCGGCAGACCGUCGGCCACGGGGGAAGGCGGCAAAAAAGGACAAGACCGCAAGCAAAAACGGCCUCGAAGUCGAUCUGGACACGACCGUCUCGCCAGCCGAGCUAAAGCGCUAUAAAAAGGCCUUUGGGUCGGCCGGAAUCCCGGACGAGGAUGAGCACGUUUCCUGGACCUCGGUCGUCGGCAAGACCCAGACCACAACCACAGCCAUGACCAUGGUCACAUCCUCAUCCCCGUGGACGGCUGUCCUGUCGGGCGAUGCCGCCUGGCGUGAGCAGCUCUUCCCCGUCUUUUUGGAUUUGCACCUCCCGGAUGAGCUGCUUCAGGGCUGUGCCCGCGGCCGCGGCCAGCGCCCCCGCAACUGGCUGAUGCACCUUCCGCACACCGCUCUUGACGGCUCGCCCGCCCUCGAGACUGCCAUGGCCGCUCUCUGCAUGGCGCGCGUCGGCCGCCAGAGCGGUUCCGCCGGGCUCAGCCUCGUCCGCCACAGCCUCGACCUCUACACCCGCGGACUCGGCCAGCUGCAGCGCGCCGUCCAGGAUCCCCGCACGCGGCGUAGCGACCAGACCCUCGCUGCCUGCCUCACCCUGUCCAUGUACGAGCUGGCCGAGUGUCCGACUGGCCGCUCCGACGGCUACCUCGCCCAUCAGGACGGCAGCCUCGCCCUCCUCCAGAUGCGUGGCCCCGACGCCCAUGCUUCCCCCCUCGCACAUUCCCUCUUUAACUUUCUGCGCAUCCAGAACUUCAUCUACGCCAUCAUGAACCGCCAGAGCAACUUCUUCUCCACGCCGGCCUGGUUGCAGCGCCCCUGGAAGGACCUUGCCAAGGACCCUCAUGACCGCUUCAUGGACCAGAUGUACGCCAUUCCCGUCCUCAUGGAGCAGUCCGAUGCCCUGGCCGCCUCCGAUGCUGUCCCCGAUCGCCUCGCCGCCGGCUACAGCACCAUCAUCGCCCGCUACGUCGACAUCGACACCUGCCUCCAGAAGUGGCAGCGUGACUUGAAGUUGAUCGUGUCCGGACCGCUUUACUGGCCUGAGCUGUCUGCCAUCCGCUGCCCCGUCUUUGACGACAGCCCCGACGGCCAUGCCAGCGCCCGCGGCCGUCCCUUUCCCGUCGCCUUCCAUUUUCCCGCCUUCUUCAUCGGCCAGUCCGUCAUCCUCUACUGGCUCAUCGUCCUCUUCGUCAACGUCCAGAUGGACCACCUCUACCGCCGUAUCGCCGUGCUCGAGGACGCUGCCGCCGCCGUUCCCGUCCCUGUGCCGUGGGACUGCUGGACUCUAUCGCCCACCUUCUCCAACCUGCCCGAGUUGGACCUCGAGCCAUUGUCACCAUCGACAGCACCGCCCGUAUCAUCGCCAGCAUCCACUCUGUCCACCUCUGCCACACCUCCAUCAACGUCCCCGCCCUCCUCCGCACCACCGCCGUCCGUCUCGCCGCUUGCUGCCGCCGAUUCCGCUGCGAGCAUUGCACGCACUAUGACUAGCAAUAUCUGCCAGUCAAUCGAAUACUUCUUGCAGGAUAGCAUGGGCGAUAUCGGCUCCGUAUCCACACUUCUGCCUCUGACCGCCGUGCGCUACCAUUUGUCUCGCACUCAUUCUACUCGGCCCUGUCCGCCUGGCCCCCCUGAACAUCCCGGCGAGUACUCUGAUGAAGUCGUUUGGGUCGAUUUCCUAAUUCAAUUCGUCGGUGGCAAGGGCCAUCGUAUGGCUUUCUAUAUCACAGCUGACUGA